UACAGUGAAUAUAAUAAUUUAAAAUGUCUAAUUCUUCUGAAACGGAUCACCAUUCUGUUUGGAAUGAUACUGGCUAUUGUGAUUGUAGUGCCAUGUUUUAUGAAGUGUUGGAAAUUGAAUGGACAACUCAUUCUAUGGGAAUAGCUGGUCGUGUCGCUUGGAACAUUAUUAGAAUUGCUCUGAUACCUGUAACACUUGGAGGAUCAGCAGCAAUAACAAAGUCGUAUACACACGAGGCAAUUUGGCUACUUGUUCAUUGCCGCAAGUGUGGUUGUGACAUGAAUCUUACUUGUGAGCUUUCAAAGACCAGAAAGAUGAUGCGAUGGGGGUAUUAUGGAUACUACAUUACUCGCAGAGAAUAUAAAAAACUUGAACCGCGUUUGAAUUACAACACUGUCAAAAAGAUAUAUGAUGGGAUGUGGGAGAAGUACAAUGUGAUUAAUCGUAAUUGUUUCCAAUGGGCAGACAACUUCUAUGACAGUAUUUGUGAUGAAGAAUGUUAUAAUGGGUGGAAAAAUACUAGAUUUUGUGAUUGUAGUGCCAACUUUUAUGAGAUUUUUGAAAUUGAAUGGAAAACUUAUUCUAUAGGUCAUCGUCCUAAUUCAGACCCCGUUUUAAGAUCUAUUCUGGCAAUGUCUACAGGUGGACUGUUACCCUUUGUCACUGCUGCUGCUGGAGGUAGGAAUUAUACACAGGAGGCGGUUCUACUUUGUGCUUAUUGCCGUAAUUGUAAAUGUGAUAUGGAUAUUACUUGUGAGCUUACAAAGUCUGGAAAGAAAAUGCUCUGGGGCUACCAUGAAUACUUUACUACAUGCAAAAAUUCGAAAGAAUUUAAACCGCGUUUGUCUUACAACACGAUCAAAGAUGUGUUUGACGGGAUGUGGCAAAGUCAUGAUGGUAAUAAGGGUUGCGAAUGGGCAAAGGAUUUCUAUGGAAAAAUUAUUGAUAAAUCUUGA